GUCCUCGAACUUGGCGAGGGUUGGGUAAAUAUAUAUGACCCCGACCGUCCCUGGAGGCACCACAUACAGACUUCCGAGGAAUUUCCAACAGCUAUAUACUAUUCCGCACUGUUAGAUUUGACGUCGGCCUGUAGUUUACUAGUCAAUAGAAAAGAGGGGGCAGGAAACGUGAAUGCUCAAGGGGGUCGUUAUGGUAACGCACUUCAAGCAGCUGUAUGCCGGGGGAAUGAAUCUAUUGUACAGCUCCUCCUCGAGCGGGGGGCAGAUGUGAAUGCUCAGGGUGGCGA